AUGGAGCAUUGUCGUUGUGAUGGGGCUUCUCAUUUCAUUCGCCGGUCUUCAUGCGCAAGAGUAUAUUGGGAGGAGAAUGCUAAUUGCAAAGGAGAAGCGCCAGGCAAAGAGGAUGAGAAAGAUGAACAGCUCAUCAAGCCUGAUUACCAACAAUAAUCUGGCUGGGGCAAACUCGCAUAAUGGUGUUCGUGGCAGGGACUACUUUGAAAGUCCGGAGUUCCACGAUGGAAAUAGCCCAGCAACACUCAACUACGGGGGCAGGGAAGUGCGCGAUACCAAGAGACGCCGCGCACCAGCCAUGAGUGGCUCUCUGGAUGACUAUGAGGAUGAGAACCUCAUCGCGUAAAGCCAUCUGUGCAGCCCCAGUCUAUUCAGUUGAUAUACAUGUACAACGUAUCUCCAAGCAAGAAGACACACAUAAUACAUAGUCUUUAUUCAACUAUUUUAUCUCUUAUCAGCACUCUAUGACAACAGCCAAUUGCCUUCGUUCAGAAAAUGUGCAACAU